AUGGUCACAAGCACGUCGGACAGCGAGAAGCAGGCGCGCAAGCGAGCCGCCAGAAAGACGCGCUACGAAGCCAACAAGGAAGAAGUGCGGGCCUACCAGAAGCAGUACUAUGCAGCAAACGCCGAGAAGCUCGCAGCGCAGCGCAAGGCCCGCUACGACAAGAACCGCGAUCAAGAGGUGAUGCGGUCGAAAACGUACCGGCAAACGCACAAGGAGGCCGUCAAGGCCACCAAAAAAUCGUGGAACGUGGCGAACCGGGCGUGCAAGGUGGCGUACGCCCGAGCUCGUUGGGCGCGAAAGAAGGCGCUUGCUGCCGGCCAAGUCCCCCCGCCGCUUCCCACGCUGGCCGACCUUCGCGCCGCACAAGAGGCCUCGGACCAAGUCGCUGUAGCGACGGCUGCGGACGACCAGCUCGACGACGUCCCGCACCCCUUGGCCGUCACCACCAAGCCCAUUGAGAUGGUCUCGUUUACGAACGAGCAUCCGUUCAACCUGCGCAAGCGCGGGCCAGAGCCCGUCUGCAACGAGUGCGCUCGCUUCCACCCGAACGCGCUCACGUCGGCAACCAACACGGUGCUGUUGCCAGGCACGUACCAGUGUACACUCUGCCGCGACUGGACCUACUACCGUCGCCACCGCAAGCGCAAGCGCACCCGCGCCGACGCCCGCCUCGAUGCCCCUUCGGCGUAA